GGAUAAACAAGAGCUCAGCUUCUCCGCAAUCGGACUCAGCUCGACUCACUCUUUUCCUUGAUUGAACCUUCGAUUUGACCCCAAGUAUACGCCGCUAUGCGUCUGCAGCUUUCAGAGGUAGUGAUCGCUACCUUACUUCUCGGCGAAGUGGGCUCUGUCCAACUUCCCCUGUUACAGUCCCAGGUUCCCAUAACCGCGGACAAGGAGCUAGUCAGCUCCUCAGCCCUGCAAAGUGGUGUCAAAGCCGAAAACCUCCUCAAGAGAGCCAAAGAACUGUUUAAAAUCGCGGAACUCGGGGAAGAGGAGUACAACCACCCGACUCGUGUCAUUGGAAGCGAAGGUCACCUCGGGACCAUCGACUACAUCUACUCCGCUCUCGCCAAGUUGGGCGAUUACUACACCAUCACCAAUCAAUCCUUCCCUGCCGUGACGGGCAAUGUGUUUGAGUCCCGUCUCGUCCUCGGUCAUGAUGUACCCAAAUCGGCGACUCCCAUGGGCUUGACGCCGCCGACCAAGAACAAUGAGCCCGUUCACGCGCCAGUGGUCGCGGUUUCUAACUUCGGAUGUGACGCGUCUGAUUUCCCGUCUGACGUGUCUGGAGCUAUCGCGUUCAUUAGCCGUGGCACCUGUCCGUUUGGUACGAAGUCGGACCUGGCCGGAAAAGCUGGCGCGGUCGCGGCCGUGGUGUAUAACAACGAACCGGGCAGUCUUAGUGGCACACUGGGUAACCCAACCCCCGACCAUGUGGCCACCUGGGGUCUUUCGGAUGAGGAUGCCACACCGGUCCUGGAGAAACUGAAGAAGGGCAAGGAGGUCGAUGGUAGUGCGUACAUGGACGCGAUUGUCGAGACCAUUCAGACGACCAACAUUAUUGCUCAGACAACAGAUGGCGAUCAGGAAAACUGCGUGAUGCUUGGUGGCCACAGUGACAGCGUCGCUGAGGGACCGGGCAUUAACGAUGACGGCUCCGGUAGCUUGACUCUCCUGGAGCUUGCCACCCUCCUGACCCAGUACCGGGUUAACAACUGCGUGCGCUUCGCCUGGUGGGCAGGUGAAGAGGAAGGUCUCCUUGGAUCGGAUUACUAUGUGUCCGUUUUGACACCCGAGGAGAACCUGAAGAUCCGGCUCUUCAUGGACUAUGAUAUGCUCGGGUCGCCGAACUUUGCCUACCAGGUUUACAAUGCUACGAACGCGGUUAACCCGGUCGGAUCGGAGGAGCUGCGCGAUCUCUACGUCGACUUUUAUGAUUCUCAUGACCUGAACCACACUUUUAUCCCGUUUGAUGGUCGCAGUGACUACGACGCGUUCAUCAAGCACGGUAUUCCAGGAGGUGGUAUUGCCACUGGAGCUGAGGGUAUCAAGGCGCCCGAGGAGCAGGAGAUGUUCGGCGGUGUGGCCGGCGAGUGGUAUGACCCGUGCUAUCACCAGCUCUGUGAUGGCGUGGCCAAUGUGAAUUUGACUGCAUGGGAGUGGAACACUAAGCUUGUCGCCCACUCGGUCGCCACCUACGCAAGAUCAUUCGACGGUUUUCCCAACCGGACGAAAGAGUCAAUCACUGCUUUCGCUUCGGAGGGCACUAAGUACCAUGGACCUCGGCUGGUGCUGUAAUUUCUAGACCCGUUCGUGGCGUUGACUAGGACCCGUUAGAAUAGAUCGUAUAAUUGGCGUUUGCCGUAAUGAUAAUCUGCUGUGGGCUUUUAAGCAGAUUUGUUUGAGUUUCGGGGUUAGACCAUCACUGUUAACACAUUGAUAGGGUUAGUUAUUAAUAUGAACUUCAUUUGCAUAGUAA